UAUACUCUUUGAUCACAACUGUUCGCCCAUUGGCUGCUUCACACAUAUCCCACAAUCCACCGCGUUUCUACUUCCUUUUUCCUUUCGGCCAUUUUCCUCCCUCGUAGGGAAGUAGGCAGCCAUGGCCCCCAGCCGGAAUGGAAUGAUCUUGAACCCUCACUUUCACAAAGACUGGCAGAAGAGAGUGCGCACCUGGUUCAACCAGCCAGCCAGAAAGAUCCGCAGGCGAAAGGCUCGUCAGGCUAAGGCCCGUCGCAUUGCUCCCCGCCCUGUAGCUGGACCUCUAAGGCCACAAGUCAGAUGUCCCACCAUCAGGUAUCACACGAAGGUUCGUGGUGGACGAGGCUUCACCCUGGAGGAACUCAAGGCCGCUGGCAUCCACAAAAAGACAGCCCGCACCAUUGGUAUCGCAGUUGACUCUCGCCGUCGCAACAGAUCCACAGAGUCUCUGCAGGCCAACGUGCAGCGCCUGAAGGAGUACCGCUCCAAACUCAUCCUGUUCCCCAGGAAGGCUUCUGCACCUAAGAAGGGAGACAGCACGGAGGAGGAAAUCAAGAUGGCCACUCAGCUCAGCGGUGCCAUCAUGCCCAUCAAAACGGUAAGUUUGUUUUACCUUGAAAUUCCAACAAAUACUAUGUUACCAAGUAUUUAAAGAUGGUUUACAAUGUGGACAUUAGAAAUAAAUGCGAUUGUUAUAGGUGGAAAAUAAGCCUAAACUUAAGUGACAUUUUAUAGUAAACUGAAUGGAUUUUGUUCGUUGCGUUUCAUACAUAAACCGUGAUGUUGUGACAUCUGUUUAAGUGCUAGCAGUCAGAUGAUGACAAAUCUCCGGAAUCUCUGUAUUUCUUUGAUGAAACAUUUGAACCCUUUUUCUGAUGACUGCUUUUUAGAAUCAAACCUGAAAAGCAAAUUGCUUGUACUAAAAUAUUGAUGCUGCAAAAUGUGACAAAUUUGCAUAUUGGUUAAUGUUGAAUUGGUUUGAUCGUGUUAUUUGUCAGUCACUGGAGAUGAAAACCGUUGAACCUGAUUUUUAACAUUGUUUCCCUCCCAUCUUCCAG